GUGCACCUCCUUUGGUUGUUGCAUCUGGAGUAGAUGAACGUACACUCAAGCGUGAAGGGGUUUGUGCUGCAUCUUUACCAACAACUAUGGGGGUUGUUGCCGGGCUUCUAGUGCAAAACACACUCAAAUUCUUGUUAGGUUUUGGUCAAGUCUCUCCAUAUUUGGGAUAUAAUUCUCUUAAGGACUUUUUCCCUACCAUGCAAAUGAAGCCGAAUCCUCAAUGUUCAAAUUUUGCAUGCUUAGAAAGACAGAAAGAGUACAUUCUUGCAAAGCCCGCAAGAGAUGCUGCAGCAAAAGCAAAGCUAGAAGCUGAAGCACCGUUCACCGAGGAGGGUCCGCUUCACAUUGACAAUGAAUGGAAUAUAAGUGUUGUUGAUGAUUGUGAACCAGAUGUUUCUAGUGCCAAAAAUUCAGAUAUAUUGCCUGAAGGUCUCACUCAUGAACUUCCUGUCGCGGAUGAUUUUCGGAACAUAGUGACUUCUGAAGCUCCAACCACUGACAACGAGGACCUUGAGGAACUCCGAAGGCAGCUUGAAGCUAUUAAUUCUAAGUAGUCAGUGUUUUCAUAGGGACUUAUUUUAAAGAAGGAAAAGAUUUUGUUUAUUUUUUCCUUACAGAAACAGAAAGCAGAAACCCCUUUGAGGGGGUAUAAUUGUUCAGGCAAGCAGUUUCAAGAUAAAAUUUGGUGUUCAUCCUUUUUGUUCUUUGAAAUUUAUAUGUUGGUAUCAUGUGGGAA